GUGUGUGUGUGUGUGUGUGUGUGUGAGUUGAUAAGUGGGUUUCUUGCUUCCUUUACUUUUAGCUUACUUCCAUCUGGACACCAGCAGCAGCAGCAGCAGCACCAACACCAACAGCAGCAGCAGCAUAACGGACAGGCAUUCAAACGAUUGAGGAAAACAAAAUGAGAGACAGAGCGAGUUCAUGGAGCCCCAACAACUGAAAAACAUUCUAACAAGCAGUGUAUCCUUCGUUGCCAUGCAUAUCAAACUUCUCCACAAGCCCUGACUUGAUCUGCAAAGUGGAAGUGAAAGACAUUUGUCAUGAACGUAGACAAAUACUGUUACUGCCAGACAUGCGUUACCAUCUCCUGAGUGCUAUCAGCUGUCUCUGCCUUCUUCAUGCUGUUGCUGAAGAAUGCAGCCAGGUUGUCCUGGCAGACCGUGAGACGUUGGACGUCCCAGCGGGGGGCAGUUUGUCUCUGUCCUGUGUGGUCCAGCACUGUGGAGACGCCUGGAAGGGAGACUGGAUGCGGAGAAAUUCAACUGAGGAAAACUUAAUUUUCAGGCACCAUGUGACCAAGGUGAAUCUCUCAGCCAAUCAAACUAAACUGAUUUUAAAUUUCCUGAAUGUCCAAAAAUCUGACGAAGGUUCCUAUGGAUGCAGUGUUGCAUGGGCUCAAGAUGACACUGAGCAGGGAAACUUGAAGUAUGUGAACGUCACUGCAGCUAUCUCCUCUCAGAGGAGUGUGUUGCACAGGAUUUUGGUCUGUGCCGCUGCUGCUCUGUCUCUUCCUGUCAUUCUGGGAUUGGCUCGUUGUCUGAGUUCAGAAGUCAAGCCUCUGCCACUUCCCAGGACACGCUUACCCCCGGCCUCAGCUGCAAGCAGAAACCAACCACACCCAGCUCCACAGUUACCACCGAUACCAAUGAAACGUAGCACUUCCUCUCACAAAGCCAUUCCAAUGGUCAGGCAGAAGACUGAGGUGGUGUAUGCAGACAUUUCCCAGGAUGCAUUGAGACAGCAGGGAGUCACCAAAAAGCCUGACCAGUCCACUGUGUAUUCAUCCCUCAGAUUUUCCUGACUGCAGCAAAGCAGGUGCAAACACAAUCUGUGAAUAGUGUAAUAUUUAUUUUGGAUGUCUUCAGGAAACCUGGGAGCUUUUCACUUUUCGUUCUUUAUCUCAAGGCUUCAUGUGCAUAUUGUGGCAAAUCACUAAAGCAGAGGACAAAAAAA